AUGGCACACGGGGCUAGCGACCAAAGUCAAAGACCUCGGGUUGAUGUGUUCUCUCAAGCUGUCGAUCGUAUGGUCAAUGCGAUGGAGCGACAACAUGCUGCUCAAGUGCCAAGGAAUAAUUCUGGUUUAAAUGAUUUCUUGAGACAUGAUCCCCCGAAAUUCAAUGGAAAGACCACUAAAGACAAAGUAGAAUCGUGGAUCAGAGAGAAUGAGAAGAUUUUUCGAGUGAUGACUUGCUUAGAGGAACAGAAACUAGCAUAUGCAUCUUUCCUCCUAGAAGAUGAGGCAAAGUACUGGUGCGACGGAAUGCAACAAUUGAUGAGAGUUCGUGGCGAAACCAUCUCUUGGGAUAGUUUCAAGACCAAUUUUUUGGAAAAGUAUUUUCCGAACAGUGCCAGGAUUGAGAGNGAGACUGAAUUCUUAACACUACAACAAAAGGAAAUGACAGUGCAAGCUUAUGUUAAUAGAUUUGAGUACUUAGCCCAUUUCUACACACAAAAUAUUAGUGGAGAUGUCGGAGAUUCAAGCGAGGGCUAA